AUGUCCAACUGGAAACGUCUCAACAUCGGCGUGGUUGGCGGUGGCAUCGGCGGCAUGUCCGCUGCCAUAGCCCUACGCCGCGCGGGUCACGCCGUCACCAUCUACGAGAAGUCUGACUACGCCGGCGAAGUGGGCGCGUCUGUUUCCUGUGCUGCUAACGGAACAAGGUGGCUGCAUGAAUGGGGCGUUGAUGUCGCCAAAGGUGACCCCGUUGUGUUGAAGAAGCUUAUCAACCGUGACUGGAAGACUGGUGAGCCGGUCAGCGUGUAUGAUUUGGAUGACUAUGAGGAGCGGUGGGGGUAUGUGUAUAAUAUGUUUCACCGGCAGUAUAUGCAUGCCAUGUUGAAGGACUCUGCACUUGGUGAGGAGGGAGAGGGGACUCCAGCAGUGUUGAAGGUUAACCACCGGUGCCGUGAUAUCAACCUUCAAACCGGCGAGAUAAUAUUCGAAAAUGGAGCCAUCGCUUACCACGACCUCAUCGUCGGCGCAGACGGCAUCGGCUCCGCCGUCCGCGGCAUCCUAGGAAUCCGCCCUGAAAAGAAACCCUCCGACCAGAGCUGCCUCCACGCCAACGUCACAACCGAAGAAGCCGUCAAGGCCGGCCUCGUCGACUACUCCCAAGAUAGCGCACUUGAAUACUGGGGCGGCCAGGAAGGCAAAUGGGACAAAAUUGUCCUCUCCCCUUGUAACGGCGGCAAGCUCCUCUCGUACUAUUGCUUCUUCCCGCGCGAGCAAGGAGACUAUACGAACCAGAGCUGGGGUGCAGAGAGUCGCAGCACGGAUGAACUUCUGGCACCGUAUCCGGCGCUUGAUCGGCAGGUGUUUAGCCAUCUGGCCAUUGGAAAAGAGAUUCAGCCGUGGCGGCUUUGGGUGCAUGAGCCGUAUCCGUAUAUUCAGCGGGGGAAUGUCUGUCUUCUUGGGGAUGCGGGGCACCCUAUGAUGCCGCAUCAGAGUCAGGGGGCUUGUAUGGCCAUUGAGGAUGCUGCUGCUUUGGGGAUCUUGUUCAGCGGGAGAUACUUCUCGGGGGAUAUCCGUCAGGCGCUUGCUGUUUAUGAGGAGGUUCGGUUGCCCCGUGUCACCCGCGUGCAAUCCGCUGCGGCUCGGGCUGCAUACAAUAUCAACGAGCGAAUUGGUUUCUCAUUCAACAAAGACAUCCCCACCUACCGCGUCGAGGACCAGAAGAACGUGUUGACGAUUGAGGAGAUGAACGCGUACGACAUGUACAAAGACAUCGAGGAGAAGCUUGCGGUGAAGCAAGGCCAGCCGUACAUGGGCAGUUUCCUAUGCGGGCUGCCUCUUGGAUUGGAGCUUCCAAGUGGUAUAAUUAUUGGAGCAGCAUGA